UUAUUCAUUCAUUAUUUGGUUGGUCAUUACGGCCUCUCCCGACAGCUCCCGACGAAGCGGUGUUCGAUAAGGUUUUAAAAUAUCCCCAAUUGGAUAAUAUUUUGAUUCUAUUUAUAAUAGCUGCGUUAGUUUUGAACUGUAUAAAUAUUGUUAUUGAAUUGGUUCAGUUAAAUAUAAACCAAAUAAAAACAAUGCAAGAGUGCACUAUGGAUAGAAAUGAAUUUUGUUAUUGAAUACACAGAGCUUAUGGGCACAGUGUUUGCGUAGGCAGCUCUUGAGUUGAUCUCCUGUUGAAAGAAACCAAAUAAAAGUCAAAUUUAUCACCACCAGCGAACUAGCCUUUAGAAAGGCAUGAUGAAUCUUCUCGAUACGAAUCCGUAUGGAAACGGAUUGUUGUACGCGGGCUUCAAUCAGGACCAGGGGUGUUUUGCGUGCGCUACGGACAAUGGAUUUCGGGUGUAUAACACGGACCCGCUGAAAGAAAAAGAACGACAGUACUUUCCUGAUGGGGGGAUAGCCCACGUAGAAAUGCUGUUCCGUUGUAACUAUCUGGCUCUGGUAGGUGGCGGCAUUCGACCUCUGUACCCUCCAAACAAGGUACUGGUGUGGGAUGAUCUCAAAAAAGCCCCAGCCAUUUCGCUAGACUUUAACGCACCGGUAAAAACCGUCCGCUUAAGACGUGACCGGAUUGUAGUGGUUCUGGAAGGAAUUAUAAAGGUCUACACCUUCACACAGACGCCCACGCAGCUUCAUGUUUUUGAAACCAGUCAAAAUCCUCAGGGACUCUGUGUGCUCUGUCCCAACAGUAACAAAUCACUUUUAGCAUUUCCGGGUCGACGCACCGGUCACGUGCAGAUCGUGGAUCUUGCCAAUACAGAGAAAGCGCCGCAAGAAAUAAUUGCCCACGAGACAGCCAUCAGCUGUAUUGCGCUAAAUUUGCAGGGUACUCGAUUAGCUACAGCGAGCGACCGAGGAACUCUUAUUCGAAUCUUUGACACAACAACUGGAGGAAAAGUGGCCGAACUGAGACGUGGUUCUAAUCAGGCCAAAAUAUAUUGUAUUAACUUUAAUCAUCAAUCGACGGCUGUCGUGGUGUCCUCCGAUCACGGAACCAUUCACGUGUUCAAUCUAGAUGAACCGAAAGGCAAGGAAUCUUCUAGCUUGCUGACCAAAUAUUUCACUAGCCAGUGGUCAUUCUGUAAGUUUUCGAUCCCUCAAGGACCUCCAUGUAUCUGUGCUUUCGGAUCAGAAAAUAACUCAGUAAUUGUUAUUUGUGCAGAUGGUCACUACUACAAGUUUGUCUACAACAGCAAAGGCGAAUGCAGUCGGGAAGUGUGCUCCCAGUUCUUGGAAAUGGCUGAUGAUCAUACGUGAGCGUAAACACGAAGUUUGCUCAACCCGUGUUACACUUUGUUAGCAUUUUAUUUUCAGUUAUGAAACAAGAAACAUCUUAACCUAAAUAGUGAGGGACUAAAGAAUUCAAAACAACAUCGAUGAUGGUGCAUUCUUAUAAAACGGUUAUUAUUAAGCGUGGCCACAGGCUUUGGAAAAUAUGUAGUUACGCAAAUUUAAAACUGACACGGUGAGUGUUUUAAUAACGCUAAUUAACCUUCAGUUCUCAUAAUCUACUGAUAAGUUUGAUACAGCGAUUCAAACAAAAGUUAUAUUUACUCUUUUUGAUUCUUAAUCUAUUUCUAUAGAGAUCUACAUUUUAUAUUUUCGCAUAAAUUCAAAAUAAAAGAAAUUCUGCAAAGUUAUAUUCAUUUGCAGCGCAAAAAGAAAAUGAUUUGCAAAACUAUAUAAAUACUUUACGAAGCGCGGACUGUAUAAAAAAUAUCAAAAUAUUCAACAUACAAUCGUUUUCAAUUGAAACACAAUACAUCUAUGUGUACAUUUGGAUUACGUGUACUGGAUUAGUGUUAAAACUUGUCGACCGGCAAAAGGACUCGGACAAGAUAUUCUAAAAUUGUAAUAAAUCAAUACAUUUUGCGU